AUGGUCCAAAGAAAGGUGCCAAACAAGCUUGGAAUCCAAGCUGAUCAUGAUAAAUUCGAGAAGCGAUGUUCAGAGCUUGAGAUCAUCACCUUUGAGGAAGAACUUAUCUCUGCCAGAAAGGCCACGUCUUUUGCAAGGAAUGCAUUCUCAAGUGCUUGCUUUCUCAGAAGAAGGAUAUCCAUAGGAAGCUGGCUGCACAUACUGCUCAGCAGAAGCAAGAAAAGAACGAGGAAGAAGGCCCGCAUCACCGGAUCCCUCCACAUGACCAUCCAGACCGCCGUCCUCAUCGAAACCCUCACCGCCCUCGGCGCCGAGGUCCGCUGGUGCUCCUGCAACAUUUUCUCCACCCAGGACCACGCCGCAGCCGCCAUCGCCCGCGACAGCGCCGCCGUCUUUGCCUGGAAAGGCGAGACCCUCCAGGAGUACUGGUGGUGCACCGAGCGCGCCCUCGACUGGGGCCCCGGUGGUGGACCCGAUCUGAUCGUCGACGACGGCGGCGACGCCACCCUCUUGAUCCACGAGGGAGUCAAGGCCGAGGAGGAGUUCGCGAAGUCCAGGACGCUCCCCGACCCGUCUUCCACCGAUAACCAGGAGUUCCAGCUCGUUCUGACCAUCAUCAGAGAUGGCUUGAAGACCGAUCCCAAGAGGUACCACAAGAUGAAGGACAGGUUGGUCGGAGUCUCGGAGGAGACCACCACCGGCGUCAAGAGGUUGUAUCAGAUGCAGGCCAGCGGCGCUCUCUUGUUUCCCGCCAUCAAUGUCAAUGACUCUGUUACCAAGAGCAAGUUUGACAACUUGUACGGAUGCCGUCACUCUCUCCCCGACGGUCUGAUGAGAGCGACCGAUGUUAUGAUUGCCGGAAAGGUUUUCGUUGUCUGUGGAUACGGAGAUGUCGGCAAGGGUUGUGCUGCUGCCCUCAAGCAAGCUGGAUCCCGCGUGGUUGUGACUGAGAUUGAUCCAAUCUGCGCCCUCCAGGCUCUUAUGGAAGGCCUUCAGGUUCUUCCCCUUGAGGAUGUUGUCUCUGCGGCCGAUAUCUUUGUUACCACCACCGGUAACAAGGACAUCAUCAUGGUUGACCACAUGAAGAAGAUGAAGACACUGAUGCUGUGCAUCCAAGGAUGGUAUUGAUGACCAGGGUGGACUGUGCAUCGAAGCUGCUCUGUUGCAUAAGUCUGUGAUGAAGCAGGAGUUUCGCAGAAUGGCCAAGGCGGUUGCGAAUCAGGUGGCGGAUAACCAUUACAGGCCGGUUCCGAAAAAAAAAAAAAAAAAAAAAAAAAAAAAAAAAAAAAAAAAAAAAAAAAAAAAAAAAAAAAACAGCCCUUGCAAGGUUGAGUGCUGUUCACAAGAGCCUCAAGAUUGCCAAGUCUGGUGUCAAGAAGAGGAACAGGCAAGCUGUUAAGAGUCUAUGGCAGGAAGUGAGUUAUAGGGGGUUAUUUUUCAUGAUUUUGGAUUGAUCGUGUUGUCCUUCGAAGCUCAGUUGUAUUUGGAUUUUGAGAUUAUAUUCAGUUUGUUUUGGAUAA